AUGAACCCGAUUACAUUCAAUGAAUAUGAAGUUUAUAAAGAGGCUCAAAAAAAAGUUAAUAAGGACAUGCAGUGGCAUGAAUUUUUAAAACUUGAUAAGAAGCAAUAUCUAAACUUCCGAUUUAAUGAAGCUAAUUCAAUAUUUCCCAUUUCUGAAGCCGACUUUAUUCUUCAUGAGUGGCUUACUUCAUAUUGUAAUAGGGUAUAUGUGCUACCAAAAAAAAAUAUUAAACCUCCUUUGAGAAGGCAUGACGUUACUACAAAUAACGUUACUACAAAUAAUGUUACAAAUAAUGUUAUUACAAAUAAUAUUAAUGCUGAAAGUGCUCUUAAUCAAAGUGACAUGGAUGAGACUAAUAAUUCACAAGAUUCUUUGGAUGUUGAUCAAGAAAAAAUAAAGUUACUAAAGCAAAAGCAAAGGAAUCAAAGUGACAUGGAUGAGGCUGAUAAUGCGCAAGACUCUUUGAAUGUUGAUCAAGAAAAACACAACAAAGUUACUGAAGUAAAGGCAAAGGGGUAUGUGCUUCUACUGAAAAAAAAUGUCAAACCUAGACAUAAUAGUAACACAAAUAGUAUUAAUAUUGAAAGUGAUCAUGAUCAAAGUGACACAGAUGAUACUGAUAAUGCGCAAGAUUCAUUUGGCAGCAAUAAUAACAAUAAUGUUCAAAAUAAUAUAAUUCCUUCAGAUAAUGUAUCAUCACUAAAGAAUGUUCUUCGCUCUUCUCAAAAACAUGGUAAUAUCAAAAAUGUUGAACCCAAUAAACAAAACUCUGGCGUUUUGGAUGAGAUUGGUAUGUGGAAAGAGAAAAAGGAAGCAGAAGGCAAAGGAACCGGAACCGUCUUCACAUAA